GUUUGUGUGGAGAGAGCAAGCAGAAGCUCUCGCCGGCCGCCGCAGGGAAGAGGACAGAGCGCCAUGUCGGUGCACUUCAAGUUCAAGUCCGAGAAGGAGUUCGGGACAAUUAACUUCCCAGGCACCACCAUUCGGGUCAUUGACCUGAAGAAGGGCAUCAUCGAGCAGAAGAAGCUCAACAAAGGCCAAGACAUGGAACUCGUGAUCACGGACUUUCAAAACAACACUGUGUACGAAGACGACAAUCAGCAAUUGACGAAGAACACGAGCGUGAUAGUGAAGCGCAUGCCAGCGAAGAAUAAUGUGGGGAUCCUGGCUCGCAUCGCCGCCGAACAAAAAGCCUUGUGCGUACUGCAUCCUUCUCCUGUGCCUACUGCAUGUUGUCACCCCUCGAUGUCUUGCUUGUUUGAUCACAUCAAUAAUACUGUUUUUCUUCGAGUCGACCCAGCCCUUCCGACGUCCUUACGCCGCUGCAUGGUGGUUAUUUGACUGACUUAGAGCUCCCCCCCAUACUCUUCUUCCCGUUCCCCCGGUAGCUCCUGCUUUGCCAAGCCUGAACGAAUCGGACGGCCAAGCGACGACGGCAUCUGGCGGUGCCGAAACAGUGGAAGACGAACUGGAAGCACUGAAUGCAAUCCAGCAAGAAGCCGAAGAAGCUCGAAGCAUGCGCGGUGGCGGAAACAAGACAUGGACGGCGACAGGUGGUGCGGGAUUCAAAGGGGGGCCGCCUGGGAUGUAUGCUGGCGGUCGGGGCGGCGGCUAUGGAGGCCGUGGUCCUCCUCCCAUGGGCGGUCGUGGUGGCGGCCCUUCGCAGCCUCUUCCUGGCGACAACUUGUUGGAUACUCCACCGCAAGGCUACGUGUGCUACCGGUGCGGUGUUCCCGGCCAUUUCAUCCAGAACUGCCCCACGAACGGCAACGCGAACCACGACAAGCACAUGGUGAAGCCUCGCACGGGCAUCCCAACCAGUCUGAUCAAAGCCGUGGAGGGCCCAAACCAAGCGCCAGGGUUUACUGUCGUCAACACUGGGCCCAACGGUGGCCUCGCCAUCGUCGUGCCCCAAGUGAAGGCGUUCGAGAAAUUGGUCAAGUCAUCUGGCGGCGGGUCCGGCAUUGACCAGUAUCGUCUGGUCCCACCGGACCACUUGGCGUGUCCGAUUUGUAAACGGCUCAUGCAAGACGCGGUGCUCAUUCCGUGCUGUCACGAGAGUGCGUGCGACGGAUGCAUUCGGGACGCUUUGAUCAGCCACAAUUUGACGUGCCCGUUGUGCCGAAAAGCCAUGUCCCCCGAAAAUUUGAUUCCAAACAAAGGCACACGGUCGUCGGUCGAUGAAUUCCUAAAGCGGUCGCAGAGCGAAGCGCAAGAGCGAGAGAGGCUGGUGAAAGAAGCCGAGGCCAAGGCGUUGCAGAAACAACUCGAAGCGGAAGACACAACGUCCCAGCGGCGCGUCGAGAUUGCCGACGCCGUCUUGGACAUUUCGAAGAAACCCAAGGACGACGACGACGACGAUUUGGGAGGAGAUCUGUUUGCAGAAGAACCUGAAAAGGUCGAAUCGCCGACGAAGCAAGAGAUGGCUCCCCAGCCCGCAACGCAACCUGCCCCGACGGACACAGCGGAGGCACCUACAGAGCAACCCCCCCCAUCGGUGACGGCCACCACGACGGACGUCAAAGCAGAGGAGGCAGGUAGCAUUAAGCCAAACCAAGACAAACCACUUGGUUCUGGACCACCGCCUGGUGGCCAUCACCAUGGUGGCCGUGGCGGGCAUCCCCCAGGAUGGCGAUCACACGGUGGCCCACCUCCAGGAUGGUUUGAAGGCCCACCUCGCCCAUGGUUUGAUGGCCCUCCGCCGCCGUGGGCUGCUGGGGGGCACUUCGGCCACCCCCCGCCUCACAUGUUCUACGAUGGAGGCUUCUAUGGAGGACCGAAUCCUCCACCUUGGAUGCGGCCUCCACCCGGCUACGGAGGUGGGCGUGACCGAUCGGCCGAGCGAAAGGGCGACAGAUCAGACAAAACCGACAGAGCAGACAAAGGCGACGACAAGGGAUCCCCGCGAAGCAAAUCUCGACGAAGUCGCGAGCGACGACGAGGCAGUCGGGACCGCAAGUCGUCGAGACACCGCAGCCGCAGCCGUAGUCGACGCCGCGACCGGUCGACUGAACGCGAGUCGUCGCGAAAGUCCGCGACGCGCGAUUCCAAGUCGGACAAACGUGACUUGUCCGAUCGCGAGCGCAAGGGCCGGUCGUCGUCCGUCAGAAAAGAGACAGACUCGAAGGAGCGCAGCACCAGUCGCCGGGGCAGCGAACGCAACGACGAUGACCGGCACAGUAAAGACCGGAGCGACGACCGGAAGGACCGCGCAGACGACAAGCGAUCCGGCGCUGCAAGUGCGUCCACGCCCUCCGAAAAGAGUCGCGAUGCAUCGCUAGAAAUAAAACCAUCCAGCCUGAAGGACGAGAAGGCUGCGGCGUCCAAGCCGGUCGAAGCACCGGCCAUCGACUUGGACUUCCUCGAAGAAGACCCCACCACUGUUGAUAAGCCGGUGACCAAGAACGAGUCGACCAAACGGGAGGUUGGAAAGGAAUCGUCGCGACGUAAAUCGGAGAACGAUGACUGGCGAGACCGCAAUGACAAGCGCAGUGAUCGGCAUGACCGCCAUGACUCGGAUCGCAAGACGUCGGAUCGGAAGGGCGGAGACCACCGUCGAAACUCGGAUCGCAAGGUGGAACGAACAGAUGAGCGGAAAUCCGACCGCAAGGGCGACGACCGUCGGCGUGGGGACAAGAAGGACGACGGUCUUCGCGAUGGCGACCGAAAGGAGAAGAAGGCGGACAAGAAGCGCAGCAGCGAGCGGCCGUCGUCACGCGACGACAAACGCAGCAAUGACAGCAAGCGCCGUCGGAGUCGGUCCCGCGAGCGCAACAAUCGAAGCAGCGAACGAAAGGUGACCAAGAAGGUGGAGGCGGAAGAGCCACCGAAGAAGAAGAAAUCUGUGUUUGAACGACUCGGGCCCGCGGUGAAGAAGUAGGCGGAUAUUCUUGUAAUGCAUCGAGGUGGUGUGCAAUGCGUGUGCCGUCAUCUACCUCGAUUACCU